AUGGAGGAAGAUCCUGUGGAUGAGCCCCUAGAAGACGUGAAGCGAGAUCGACUUCAGUCAAUGAAGCGCUCGGUCUUUGGGUUUGGGGUAGGGGGUACAAUAAUCGAGCGGAUUGUACGAUAUACCCAUGAGCUCUUCGCACAUGCGAGUGCUAAGCGGUUAGAUCAGCUGACACGCACGCUCUGGGGGUGGAGUGGCAUGAUGGAGAUGUGCACUCAUGUGCGACAGAGUUGUGACGCUUGUCAAGCGAUAUCUGACGACUUGGGGAAGGAGAAGGGUCUCCUCCAUGUAUCAUACACUGUGUAUGUAUACAAUAUUUUGUUCACGUGA